CCACAAACUUCGGUGAAUCAGGCAGCAGCCAUGGCAUCGCGUCUGCCCCCCAUUGCGCUCCUCCUCGUCCUUGCCGGCCUCACCUCGCCGGCGGCGGCCUUCAACAUCACGAGGCUUCUCGGCGAGUUCCCCGAUUUCACCACCUUCAACAACCUCCUGUCGCAGGCGAAGCUCGCCGAUGACAUCAAUCGCCGGCAGACCAUCACCGUGCUCGCCGUUGACAACGGCGCCGCGGGCGGCAUCUCCUCCCUCCCCUCCGACGUGCAGCGCAAGGUGCUCUCCAUGCACGUCGUCCUCGACUACUACGACACGGCCAAGCUCGGGGCCAUCAAGAACCACACCACCCUGCUGACCACCAUGUUCCAGUCCUCCGGCCAGGCCACCGACCGCAUGGGAUUCCUCAACUUCACCAAACGCUCCGACGGCACCAUGGUGUUCGGCUCCGCCGAGCCCGGCGCGCCCAAGAACUCCCAGAUGGUCAAGUCCGUCGCCUCCCGCCCGUACAACAUCUCCGUGCUGCAGGUCAGCGCCCCCAUCGUGCCGCCCGGCGUCGGCGGCUCCGCGGACGCCGGCGCGCCACCCCCGCACAAGGCCACGGCGCUCGCUCCGGCGCCUGCGGCCAAGGGAAAGAAGGGAGCUCCGUCGCCCAAGGAUGAGGAGACCCCUGCUCCGGCACCGUCCGACGACGACGGCGGCGCCGACGCACCUGAUGCCGACGCGCCUGGCCCGGCUGCCGAUGGGCCGGCGGCUGAUGGCCCCACGGCGGAUGGUCCGGGGGCAGACGGCCCGGCGGCCGACGCGCCGGCGCAUAAGAAGAGCAGCGACGACGCGGCUGACGCGCCCGAGGGCUCAGCCGCCGGCAGGGUAGUGGCCGGUGCGGGUCUCGGAAUCGUGGCGCUUCUGAUGGCGAUCAUUUGACGGUGACUAAUGCGCUGGAAAUUACGUGGAAGGGAGUUGCGCUCGCGCUCCCCCGUGCUCGACUAAUGUAACCAACAACCUCCCUCCUCCCUCCUAUUUUCUGUGUUAAAUCUGUUGAGCCUACUUAUGAUGUUAUAUGUAGUAGUAAUCAUGUAUGCAGAUAGUCCUAAAUUGAUUUGAAUUGGAAUAUUCGAACCAUAUGAGAACGAGUCUCGACCCUGAUCGCGAGGGAUCAUACUAUCACUACUGGAAAACUGAGCAUUCGUCGAUGGCGUUAGUACCAGCUGGCUUUUGGUUCGGUACUAAUGCGUGGAAUUAAUACCAGUCGUCAUGCAUAGUACCACAGGAGCCCCUUUAGUACCAGUUGGGGGUCUUAGCCGGUACUAAAUAGUGGCAUAGGGACCGGGUGGCCAACGGCUAAAUUCUCCUAAAAGUCAAUCAGUACCGGUUGGUAAGUUAAGCCGGUACUAAAUGGUGUUCAUACAUGUUAAUAUCGGUGAGAACCUCCAAUCGGCACCAUUUAGUAUCGGAUUGACCAACGUACCGGUACUAACGUACACCCUAUAAAUCAUGUUGUUUCUUCCUCCCCGAGCCCGAGCUCAGCUCCACCAUUUGACUGAGAGCUCGGGCUUCUUCACUCCCAUGAUGACCUAGAGGAGGUGCUGCCCGUUUUUUCACUAUUUGUGGGAUUUCACUCAUCCAAUUGUUUUAAAGGUUAGCAACUUCAUCCUCCCUCCUCUUAUGAUUAGUAUUUUAUGUUUCAUGCUUUGUAGCUAGAGAAAUUUAUGAUUUUUUAGAACGAGAAUAAUCUAGAAUUUUUUAUUUAUACAUGCACGGAGAAUGAAGAUUUUUUACUUAUAAGGAUAGAGGGAAAUUAGAGUUCAAAUAAAUAUAAUUUUGUUCUUCAUAAUACUAAUAUCAUACUAAUGUCGUAUCGUCGUAUUUAAAAAUAAAAGUGUGUUGGAUAUUGAGAAAUUCGUAUUGGAUAUUGAGAAAUAUAUUUGCCUAAUUACUUUUUAGUAGCAUCUUGGAUGAGAAAUUUAGUUUUAUACGAAACAAAAAUAAUAAACUAAUUUU